CAUGAGAAACGAAUUUCACCAAGGAUAACUGAGUUAUACGUCAUCAAAUUGCGACAUUAGCUACAUCAUGCCAAAAAUUAGCAAACGUUUACCUAAAAAUAUGUAGCUGUAAGAGUGACAGAAUUAGCAAAUACAAAUAUUUCAUUUUACACAAAUCAAUGACUGUCUGUUCUCAGUCCAAAACAUAAGAAGCAACUCUUGAAAUAGCGUCAUCCGCGUCAGGAGGAAAAACGUGCUGUUUCAUCAGCUCGAGCAAGGUGUCAUCUGGCCUGCUUCCUGCUUUUGUUGAGGUGUCGACUUGUUUGACAGAAUGGACAAAGAUGAGCUGGUGGAGUACUUCAGGACACAAGUGAGACAGGACCCUGAGGUUCCCUCUGCUGUGGCAGCUAUCCGCACUCUCCUGGAGUUCCUCAAAAGAGACCAAAGUGAGACCAUCCUGGGCUUGAGAGAGAACCUGACCCAGACCAUCAGGUGUCUGGAGGAGGCAGACUCCUCUGUGGCUGUCUCGUCUGGUGGCGAACUGUUCCUCCGCUUCAUCAGCCUCACAUCGCUGGAGCACCCUGAUCUCUCUCAAUGCAAGAAAGUGAUGGUAGAGAGAGGAGAGCUCUUUCUUAAGAAAAUCUCCCUUUCUAGGAGUAAAGUAGCAAAACUCUGCCAUACCUUUAUCAAGGAUGGUGCUAAAAUACUGACACACUCCUCCUCCCGGGUGGUUCUUAAGGUACUGGAGAGUGCAGCAGCUGACAAGAAACGCUUCACUGUCUAUGUCACUGAGUCACAACCAGAUUCUGCAGGACGACAAAUGGCUGACAAAUUACAGAAUCUAAACAUUCCGGUCACAGUGGUUCUUGAUGCUGCAGUGGGGUAUAUCAUGGAAAAGGUGGACCUGGUGAUUGUGGGUGCAGAGGGAGUGGUGGAAAGUGGUGGUAUUAUCAACAAGAUUGGCACCUAUCAACUGGCUGUGUGCUCAAAGGCUCACAACAAGCCUUUCUACGUUGUGGCAGAAAGCUUCAAAUUCGUCCGACUCUACCCUCUAAAUCAGCAAGAUGUCCCAGAACGAUUUAAGUAUAAAGCAGACACACUAAAGGCAGUGGAAGACCUAGCAGAAGAACACCCCAUGAUUGACUACACACCACCAUCGCUGAUUACACUUCUUUUCACAGACCUGGGGGUCCUCACUCCUUCAGCAGUCAGUGAUGAACUUAUUAAGCUGUACUUGUAAACCACCACUAGAAUACUGACACAACCCCAUCAAGUGCAUCCAUUUCAACAAGUCACCUUUCAAUACGCAUUUCAUUAAAAAUGUCAAUCCCCCAGGGAAUCUGCUUUAAACACUUGUGACUAUUUACCCCCUACUUGUUUUACUGGAGUUUGAAAGGUUCUUCUGACCCAUACCAGACUUUAAAAACCAGCAAUCAUAGCGGCGUACUGUGUAACUUAUUGCAAAUUAGAAGUAAUCAAAAUCUCAAAAGGAAAAGGGGACUUUAUUAUGAACAGGACUUAGUUUGUCUGAGCUCUCUCAGGUCUGUUGGCUCAGAUUAUUCACCCUCUGUACCCAAAAUAAACUAAGAAGUCUGUAGGAAAUUGUCCUCAUUUGAUAAAUAGAAAUGCUCAAGUGACUACUUAAACUGGCAACAGCUCAGAUCCCAUACCAAGGUGUUUUGUACUGCCCUUGCCCCAAAAGGUAGAAUCAUUACUACAAAGUAUAUGCCAUUACUUUGUAUUUUUACCAUUAAAAUGUGCAUACUGUGACUGAUUGGCACAGGAAGUGUUAAAAAGUAUGUUUAUCAAGAACUCCCUAAAAAAAAGCUGAACAGUUGUCUAACAAACAUUUGGAAAGAAUAACAGAUCAAAUACAACACUGGGCUUGGAAUGUGUCCAUUGUGGCUCAGUUGGUAGAGCAUGGCGCUUGCAACAGCAGGGUUGCGGGUUUGAUUCCCAUUGCAGACCAAUAUAAAAAAAAAAUGUAUGCACUUACUGUCGCUCUGGAUGAUGGUACGACUAUGUAAAGCAAAAAUAUUUCCACCACCUACUCAUUCUAUCCACAACUAUAAGAUGAGAAAAUGACAUCCAGCGUUCUGGGGCGGUGGCUUUGAAUGUGCAAAUACUCAAACCUUCCUUGAUCAAAAAUGAAUAAUACCCUCUUCAGUGCUAUUGAUGUCAAAGUCUGAGGAGUCAAUGCGAAGACAGUUUUCCACAAGUGGAAAAACAUGCAUAUGUAACAUGGCCUGAAGUACACAAACAGAAAAACAGGAGAUUGGACAAAAGUUUUCAGAUGUUUGAUUUCCAAUUUUGAAGUAUGGUGUGGCUAAUAGCUCAAGUGAAUGGUAAAUACUUUUUGGGAAAAAUAAAAUGUUUUACACAA